UAGAGGUAGUAAUGAGCUCGUCCUCCGGAAGCAGAGAAGAAGAAGCAGGUGGAUGUUUGUUGUCUUCGACCUCACAGGACGAACGUUCCUCUUUAGAUCUUUUCUCUUCUUCUUCUUCGCUGGUGUCCGGUGACGUCAUGGCCUUCGACGGACUCGGGUUCCGCGGCGACCCGCUGUACGGGCCCGGUUACCCGGCGAGGAGCGCCGCCGGCCCCGCGGAGCUGCAGCAGCAUCACUGGGUCACGUCGCCGCCAGACAUCCCGGGCAGCCGCAACCUGCACCCGCAGGCCCGCAGGCCCCGCAGGCCCCGCAGGCCCGCGGCCGGCGGCGAGGCCCCAAGGCCCGGCGGAGCGCCUGCUGAGCAGCUCAAUCGAUUUGCAGGAUUUGGAAUCGGACUCGUCAGUCUGUUCACUGAGAACGUCCUCGCUCAUCCCUGCAUCGUCUUCCGCAGACAGUGUCAGGUGAACUACCACGCCCGCUGCUAUCACCUGACUCCGUUCAGCACAGUCGCCGUCAUGUACACCAUCACCAAGGCUCAGGGUCCGAAGGCCCUGUGGAAGGGGAUGGGCAGCACCUUCAUCGUUCACGGCAUCACGCUCGGAGCUGAGGGCGUCAUGAGCGAGUUCACACCGUUACCACGGGAACUUCCUCACAGGUGGAGCUGGAAACAGCUGACUGGACAUUUACUGCUAAAAGGGUUAACAGCUGUGGUGGCUCUUCCUUUCUACUGUGCCAGCCUCAUCGAGACCGUCCAGAGUGAGAUCGUCCGUGACGAGUCGUCCUCCGGGCUGCUGGAUUGUAUCCGUGAAGGUUUGACUCGUCUGUUGGGCGUCGGCGCUCCUCACAGCUGCCGUCUGCUUCCUCUCAGCUCUCUGCUGCUUCCCACUGCGCUGCACGCCAUCCUGCGGUACGCCAUCGCCGCCUCUGUCCAGCGGGUGGUGCUGUGGUUUCACCAGCGGGGCAGGAAACUGCGGGCGGACCCGUCCAACCCGCUGGACGCCUACUUCCCCGAGCUGGCGGCGGCGUGGGCGGGGUCUCUGGUGGCCGACGUCCUGCUGUUUCCUCUGGAGACGGCGCUGCACCGCCUCAGCCUGCAGGGCACGCGCACCAUCAUCGACGCCACGGACGGUGUGGUCGCCGUGGGAAACGGCGGCAGCCCACUGGUCCUGCCCGUCAACACGCAGUACGACGGCUUCUCCGACUGCCUCCACAACAUCCGCCGCAAGGAGGGCACCGCCGGGUUUUACCGCGGCUUCGGAGCGCUGGUGACUCAGUACGCGCUGCACGGGGCGCUGCUCGCCGCGGCCAGGACACUGCUGAGGCUGCUGCUGCUGGAGGGCAGGGCCAGCUAGAGGCGUUACCAUGGAGACGCAGCUUCACUUCCAAAAGUUCAAAUGAUUUCUGUCGCCAUGACAACUAAAUAUUUCUCAGUUUCUCUUCACGAGAGAAGCUGAGGUGACAUGUGAUAUGUUAUAACAUGUUAUAAGAAGUAUCUAUAACAUGUUAUGACAACAUGUCACAACAUGUUAUAAUCUCACACUUCACCUCCUUUCAGUUUUCAUAGUUCAGCUCAGACUGAAGCUGAUGCUUCACAACACUUCAGCUCCUUUUAGUGGUGACAAACUUCUGCUGUUUUUUCUGCCACUGCAUCCUCUUUCCUUCAUUAGAAAGAUCCCGGUCAUAUGUAGCCUAGCUUAGCACAAAGACUGGAAUCAGGGGGAAACUGUUAGCCUAGCUUAGCAUAAGGACUAGAAGCAGGGGGAAACUGUUAGCCUAUCUCCAUCAAAACAAAACAACUCCACCUUACAACAACACGAGGUCGGGUUCACAUGUCUGCUCUGAUGUCAGUUCCUGCCUUUAAACAAGUGGUUUUGUGUUGCCAUGGAAACCCAGUGUCACUUCCUGUUCCAGCAUGACCUCAUGACCCCGUGGUAAAAGUAUACAUAAUAGAAGUACUGAUUUACAUGAAUACCUACAGAGUGAGAUAUCAUCAACAGCUGAUUUAAAAAAAUGUGAAGCCCCUUUUUAUUUGUAUAAAGUUGUAAAAAUGGAAAAUCUAUUAAGAUAUAUCGCUUUAGGUUGUAUUAUAUGUGAUCAAUUAAUAUUUAAAUCAAUAUUCAAAUGAAAUGAGCGAAGAAAAAAAAAAGAAAGAUGUGAUUUACAUAAAGGUUAUUCAAAGUGUUUGUGUCUUUUUAAAAUUCAGCUAAAAUCACUGAGUCUGCACUUGUUCAUAUUUUGUUGUAUUAUUCGGUGUAAAUGUCUCAUGUUAAAACUUUGCACUUGUGCUGCAGAAAACUGAAAAUCUGAACUCUGAUGUUUAUUUUCUUCUGCUGUAAAUUUGUUUUCAUGUGAAAUAAAACAAAAUGGGCUCUAAGUGGA